UAGUCCUAGAUCCCACCUACAUUCAUGUCUUCUCUAUCGAUUCAGGGCCGUUCUUUCCUCUUUAGUUUGACAUUUUUGCUUGCUUUUUCGCCUGUGGUCCAGUGCUGUCUGCUGGAGUAUAUGCCUCUGCCAAUACGCAUAUACACUUUCCGGUCACCUGGCUUCUUCCCUGUUUGCCUUUCGCGCAAACUCAGUGCGAAGAACCCUCACUUUUUUUUCUCCCUCAAGCGCAGGCGCUCUUCCUGUCUCACUGCCGGCUACCUCUGAAGUCUAUAGUGCGCAGGCGCGAGGUCUGUUUCCUUCCCUCUCCUCACCUUUCCCCCUUCCCCCCUUCCCUUUCACGAAGCCGGUUUCGGGGCGAGCUCAGUCUGCGGAGGAUACUGGACACUGGAUUAGGGAGACACCUUUCCCACUCCCGAAAAUAAUGUACCAGCCAAGCCGAGGAGCGGCCCGAAGGCUCCGCCGCUGCCUCCGCGCCUACCAGGCCCGGCCUCAGGACCAAUACCCUCAGGCCCCACCAUUCCUACCCUUGUGGCUUACUUCACCAGCAAUCACUCCUCCCUCAGCGUCUCCACAUCUCCGGCUCCCUCUUCUCUCAUUCCCUCCCAGCCAACUCUUCCCCCAAGUUCCCCAACAGCCCCUUCCCCAGGCCCAAGCUUUUAUAUCACCCUGGAUGGGUCUUCCCUCUGGGAAGGGAGAGGAUGGGCCAGGGCCAGGAUUGCAUGGAGGUUGCCUAGAUGGGCUUAGAAGCCUUUUUGAGGAAUUGCCUUGCCCCCACCCAGGGGCUCUGAUCCCGUUCCGGGCCCCUGGAAGUCCUCAUCCUGCUCCUGCCACUUCAUCAGGUAAUCCCAGCAUGGAGGAACACCUAGCUGUCAUGCAUGAAAAACUGAGGCAGGAGCUCCCCAACCUGUUUCUUCGCUCCCAUGAUUACAACCUCUACUCAUCUGAUGUGGAAUUCAUCAAUGAGAUCCUGAACAUUCGAACCAAAGGCCGCACGUGGUACAUUCUAUCACUGACCCUCUGCCGAUUCCUGGCCUGGAAUUAUUUUGCUCAGCUACAACUGGAGGUUCUUAGGUUGAGCCAACACCCUGAAGACUGGACACUACAGGCCCGUUGGCGCCUUGUGGGUUUGCCUACCCAUCUCCUCUUCCUGCGUUUCUACCGCCGGGAUAAGGAUGAGCUUUACCGGACAUACGAUGCCUAUUCUACUUUCUACCUUAAUUCCGAAGGCCUCAUUUAUCGUCAUCGCCUGGAUAAACUGAUGCCCUCACAUUCACCUCCAAUGCCCGUCAAGAAGCUGCUGGUGGGAGCCCUGGGAGCCCUGGGCUUGGUAGAGCCAGAGGCGGAAGCUAGCUUACAUCUGUGUCCUAAGCCCUGAAUAAGGAUGAGGGGGGCUUGGGCAUAGGUCUGUGUUUGCUCUGGGGGAGCUAGAGGCUACACUGAGCACAUUAUUAUGCACAGGGGGAUGGGAUUGUAGGGAGGCUACAGCAGGCCUAAUCUCCUCAUCCGUAACUCCCCAUCUUUUCUUUCUUACCCAUUUUCCAUCUCAUGCUGUGUAGUUUAACUUGUACAUAUUAAAACUAAAUGAGGAUGUAAAAACCUUUAAUGUAACUCCUCUGCAUGUGUGAACCAUGUUAUCUAGUAGUCCCAAUAUAAAAAUUCUCAAUAUCUUUAAUAAACAGGAAACAUUAAAAAACAAAAGCAAGAAAAA